AUUAAGGAUUAGAGGGGAAACACAAAUCUCAAAACAUUUUGGGAGUCAACGAAUCGUGUUCCUUUAGACUUGAGUAAAGAAGGAAACUCUCCUCUGUUUGUUUCUCUUUUGUUUUCUUCCGCGCUAGUUUGACAUCUUCUUUUAUUUCUUCUGAUCUUUCUGAACACAACACUUUCAAAUUCGAAUCGAUUCGGAUGAUUCCUGAGAUGGGUCUUUGAUAAAAAAAGAUUGAAUCUUUUGUGAAUCUUCUCUUCUGGGUUUUUUUUUUGUUUGAUCAUAGAAAGGAUACAGACGAUGGAGUCUUUUCUAGUGCAUCAUAUAGUGAUUGUGUUACUCUUCCUCUGGUUUCUCUCUUGGCUGAAUCGAUCUCACGGCUUCUUCUACUUCAUCUCUCUCAUUUAUCUCUACCUGGUUCAUGAACGCUAUGUGAUGAGAUUGAAGAGACAGUUACAGUUUGAAGAGAGGAAGCAAGCUAAUCAAAGAAGGGUUCUAACGGAUUCUGAAUCUGUGCGGUGGUUGAAUCAUGCUGUGGAGAAGAUAUGGCCUAUAUGCAUGGAACAGAUUGCGUCUGAGAAGAUUCUUGGUCCUAUCAUACCUUGGUUCUUAGACAAGUAUAGACCCUGGACUGCGAAAAAAGCUGUGAUUCAGCACCUUUACAUGGGCAAAAAACCGCCACUGUUGACUGAUAUUAGGGUCCUUCGCCAAUCCAAGGGUGAUGAUCACUUGGUACUGGAACUUGGAAUGAAUUUUCUAGCAGCAGAUGAUAUGAGUGCGAUACUUGCUGUGAAGUUAAGGAAAAGGCUUGGUUUUGGGAUGUGGACAAAGUUGCAUUUGACGGGAAUGCAGGUCGAAGGAAAGGUGUUGGUUGGAGUGAAGUUCCUUCGUCGAUGGCCUUUCUUGGGGCGUUUACGUGUGUGCUUUGCAGAGCCUCCUUAUUUCCAGAUGACUGUUAAACCAAUCUUCACUCACGGCCUUGAUGUUGCUGUACUUCCAGGCAUCGCAGGAUGGCUAGACAAGCUUCUUUCUAUCGCAUUUGAACAGACCCUUGUUCAGCCGAACAUGCUGGUUGUUGACAUGGAGAAGUUUGUUAGCCCAAAGCCAGAGAAUUGGUUCUUUGUUGAUGAGAAAGAACCAGUUGCUCACGUCUUAGUUGAAGUCGUUGAAGCGUCAGAUGUUAAACCAUCUGAUCUGAAUGGUUUGGCUGAUCCUUAUGUGAGAGGGAAACUCGGUGCUUACCGAUUCAAAACAGACAUAAAGAGGAAAACAUUGUCCCCAACAUGGCAAGAAGAGUUUAAGAUACCAAUCUUUACAUGGGACUCUCCAAGUAUACUUAACGUUGAAGUUAAAGACAAAGAUCGUUUUGUUGAUGAUAACCUUGGUGCAUGUUCUGUGAACAUUGGAGAGUUUAGAGGCGGCCAAAGAAACGAUAUGUGGUUGCCUCUUCAGAACAUCAAAAUGGGAAGGCUUCAUCUCGCUAUAACCGUAAUCGAGGACAGUGAAAAGUGGAGUGAGGAUCCCUUCAAAGGAGUGAAGCUAAGCAAGGAAGACAUCCAGACUUCUUUUGCCUCUGAUACAACAAACAAAGGCUCUUUCACUUCAGUGAGUUCCGAAAAGGCUUCAAGCGUUGCAGACAACGUUGAGCCUAUCAACAUUAAAGGGCAAGAAGAUACCGGAAUCUGGGUGCAAAGACCUGGACCUGAAGUCUCGCAGAUUUGGGAACCAAGGAAAGGCAAGAGCAGACGUGUUGAUAACCAAGUGCAAAGAGUUUCUAACAAUGGAUCACCAAACAACGAAACUAGCAGCAGCACCGAUGAGAAUCAAGAGGGAUCAAGAAACCCAAUGAAGUCUGUUGGUAGAGGGCUGAGGAAAAUAGGGUCAGUGUUUAACAGGAACAACAACAAAAAAGAUGAUUUGUCAAUAGGGAGCAUUGAAGAGGAGUCACAUUGUCAGUCUCCUCGGAUCAAUGUGAAGGCAAUGAACCAAAAGGAUGUUGGAGUUAAGUACAUCGUCGAUGACAAUCUCUCUGGUCCUCUUACAGGGAAGAGUGUGGAAAGUGAGAGCAUGAAUGGAGAGGAGAAUCACGGUAAGGGUCAUAUGAAGGAUGUUGCAAAGAGCUUUCUGAAACAAGCUGAGAAAUCUGCAAAGCAGUUUAAGCAUGUGUUUUCGCUUAAAGGAAUCAAGAAAGCAAGAGAUGGGCAACAAGAGAUCAUUCCUGAGUCUGAUUCUGUAACUGAUUCUGAUUCUUCUUCUGACGACGAUGAUGAUGAGUACACCUGUGUACAGAAGGUGGGAACGGUGGCAGGAACACCGAGAGGUCUUACACGCGAGGGGAAUAUUGUUAGAACAGGAGAUGAGGAUCAUUUAGACACGAAUAAGACAUUAGCAGAAGAAGCCAAGGAAGAUCCAAGUGCUGAUAUUGCAGACAGCUCGAGGGAUGCUGAAGCUAAAGAGGAGAAAGUAGAGGAAGCAGACUCGGAAACCACAGGUGUGGACGUCGCCAUGAACGCUAAAACUGAAGAUGAGCAAGUAGUGACGGCUAAGAACAUCGAAGGGGAAGAAAAAGAAGUAUCAGAAGUAAAACUGUAAAAACCUUUAUGCAUGUUUUUGUUGAUGUAUCUAAACAUAUAUCUCUGUUUAUUGGUUACAAAACUUAAAACCAAAGGGAGGAUAUUGACUCUGCACAUUGAUUCCCUUCUAAGAGAUAAAAGAUGUUUGAUUAUAUG